UUCUCAUCACUUGCUUUGGAAAUAUCAAACAUUGCUUGUAAAACAGAUAAGGACAUAAAAACUCAGAUUAAAGGACAAUUUUAAAUGUUACACUAAACAAUUACUAUUUAAAGCUUAUCUGAGAUAAGACGUAAGAAAAUAUUUCAACACUAACCAUUGCUAAUCAUAUUUUAAUUUGAUGAAACAAAUAUGAUUGUCCGUUUCUGCGUUUUAUUUGGGUGCCUCUCUUGUGUGAGCAGUGGUAUUGUGGAGCCAAGGUGUACGAGAUUUGAAUACGAUGAACGACUACUAGAAAAGGCUAUUCGAAUGGAAAUACGACUGGAAGAACUUGCAAAGACUGUUGAAAACCUACAGACUGAAAACAAAAAUCUCAAAGAGUCCUUAAACGAACUCGACUCUAUAAAGACUGAAUUAAAAGUGACAAACACAACUUUACAUCGACUGGAAGAGACUGUCGACAUCAACUCUGCCUCGACUUUCGCUCUUCAAGACGGCUUGGAGAGAACGAGAACCGCCUUAAAUGCAUCUACCGCGGCACUAGAUUUAUUUCAAGUAAAACAUAAAGAUCCCCGCCCGGCCUUUUUAGCCAUUCUUUCAGACGAUAUAAAUUCGACAACAGAAGGACAGACGAUACUAUUUGACGAUGUUGUCACCAAAAUUGGAUCAGCAUACAACGGCAAAACAGGCACGUUUACCGCCCCAAUAGAAGGCCUGUAUCUGAUCUCUGUCAAGAUCACAGGCUAUUUUAAAUCUACAGCUAGCAGUGGGUCAAUCAAUCAAUACGAACUGAAAAAGAACGACAAUUUGUAUCUACGACUUAAUGUGAACGUGAACGCAAACACGCAUUCGUAUGAUUCGUCCAGUGUCGUUACCGUCAUGGUGCUUGGAAAAGGCGACCGUGUUAAUGUUGAGAGUGUAUACUCGGAGAAAUAUGUCGAAGGCAGCGAAAGGAACACGUUCUUCUCCGGAUUUUUUAUUGAGUGACAAGUAUUGUGCAUACUUCUUGCUGAUAUAUAUGCAUCUGGAAGACUAUAUGCAUUAAAUGUUUUGCAACUAAAUAACAAUAAUGUCUUGUCUACUUGAAUUGCUUUGUUUAAACAUGUAUUGCUCGCUAGGCAUGUAUACAUAUGUAGUGUGUAUUUACUUUUGUUGAUAUGGCCUUGUCAGUAACAAACCUUGAAACAAGAAUACAUAAUUUUAUACAUUACCUGACUUUGCCUUUAUACAAGUUCGCACACUCAUUACUAGUUAUUUCGUAAUGAUUAAUGUGUUCAGUUUGAAUACUGUCUUCGCGUGCAGGCUUAAAUAAGAGUUCUUUUCCUCUCAAAAGCCUGGGCGCGUUAGGCUUUUUUAAAAUAUAGUUAAAUCCCCGUCUGAAAGGACGCUGUUCUUUUCGCAGUCGUAACCGGUGUAAACAGUAUGUGUUUGGUAUAAUAGUAUGUAACAUGAUUUCAUAUCACGGUAUUUCAUUUUCGGACAGGUGAUACCAACUGUUCUACCUUGAAAUGAGCAUUAAAACAACGCUCUCUCAGUUUGACCGUUUUGAUUAUUUUUUAUGUUUAGUCUUAGAAUGAACCAAGUGUUGUGCAAACCAGUGAUAUAAGACUGCCGACAAAAUAUCAGAUCUCGGGUGUUUUAUACUAACGUUCGAAUAUUAUUGUAUUAUGGCUAAAAGCGUUACUACCAAACAGUUGCGCAGCUUUGAAAUACAUCAAAACGGUAUAUUUAAACUGCCUCUGCUCUAAUGUACUAUUGAUGUGUCAGGAAACAGUAUCGAUAUUAAACUGGGCUACAGCGAGCAGCUGCAUUUUGAUUUACGAUAGGUUGGUGGUAUUUUCCAGAGAAAUGUUUUUGAAGUUUUAAUUCACUUACAUUGUUUCGUUUUUAGACGCAUUCAUACUUGUCAGGAGCGUAGCUAGACAGAAACUGACUUGCAGGCCCGGUUUACUUGGGGGUUGCCCUGUCCCUAAAAUUUGUGUUAUGCCAAUGUGCUAAGGUGCGUUGUAAAAUGUUUUGUUUAAAUCAAGAAAAGAAAAAACUAUUCAUAGUUUUAAAUGCAUUUCUUCACUUUUUAGAAGUUCCCUUUUUUCUGAAAAUCAUGUGCAUCCGAGCCUUUAUCGCCAGUAUAAGUACUUCAGCGUGCAUUGUUCUAACUGAAGUACGAUGUUGGCAUUGUUUAUUAAUUUUGGUAGCUGCCAAUUCACAGAGGAUGUCAGUCUUGAACUGAAGAUGACAAGUGUAUUACUUAAAGACAAUCGAGAAGAUUUCGAGCAUUACAUAAGAAAUAGACUGUAUGCAAUGAUAAAUUAAAAAAAAAACCAGGUGAUUGGAGAGUCAAUAUAUUUGAAUCUUUGGACUAAUUCUUGUUUCUUUUUGUCAAAAUAUGACGACGUUGUCUGUCGAUUCAGAAAGCAGGCAAAACUAGUGAAGAGAUAUCGGAAAUAGGGGAGGUCAAUGUGAUUAUUAUAUUAAGAGUGUUUUUUUUAUCACAUUUAAAGAAAAGGCCGUAAAUUUAUCAUAAUUUUUUUUUUAUAAAAGUAAAAACAUUAUUUUUUUUCACAUAAUAUAUAGUAUUAGUAAAGCGGCCUUUAAUCAAAAUUAUUGCACCACUUAUUAAAGUCUCAGACCGCAAUGGAAUUACCUUCUUUUAUA